AACAACGGAAUCCAACUCAGUUGGCGGUUGGCGCUUUUAACCGAAUUUUCCGAGAUUAUCCAAAGGCGUGGGUGGCUUUUUGUGGUCCUUUUUUUUUGUGAUUUCCUGGUCGGAUAAAAACAAAGAUACCAAGUGCAAAAUAGUUAAAUGAAAACGCUGUGAAAAUUGCAAUUUAAUAGACGGAGUGAGACGCUCCCCCUAACGACCGUGAAAAUAAGCAACAACAUAAAGCUGAAAGCAGAAUCAGCAUCAACAGAGCGACGCGUCGACGGCGACUGCGACUGCGUUUAUGGCCGUAACUGUAAAUACUCGCGGAGUUUUGCGGCUAAGCCGUUGCUGCUUUUAAUAGUUGCUGCCAGCAGCAGUAAAACGCCCGAAGAUUGCCAUUUUGAUUUAUUCUAAUUAAAAGAAAAAGAAAGAAAAAAAAGGUGACGGCGAUAACCAGCUCUAAACGAAUCAAAGGUGCAGCAAUGUGCAGACAGUCGCUGUCGCAAACCGCAAGGACUAACGAGCAGCAGGAGCAGCAACAGCAGCAGAUGUCCGACGAGGAGCUGCAGCGGCAGUAGGCGGAGAGCAACAACAUUUUUGUAUCUACCCGAGAUGCGUUUUUGCGGACCGGACACUCAGAUAGCGACACACACAGCGAAUAGACAGAACCCCUGCUGCAGUCCCGAAAUCCUGCGAUCCUGCGAAAAUCCACACACACUCAAGGCAAUGCCCUCCAACUGCAACUUUUGAUGCGAACCUUGUGGCACCUGCAGAGAGGCCCCCGGGAACACCCACUUGACUGAUAGUUUAAACCACUACUAAAGUAAACACCCACACAGCAGCAGCACACACGGCAGCAACCAGCUUUUAAUUAUUGUUAAGAACAACAGCAACACCAACAGCAACACCAACAACAACACCAGACCCGUAAAUGCCAAAUAUGUGUUGUUCAAUCUGAAAAGCUGAAGGCUGAAGGCUGAGAAUACACCACGAAACCGAGAGAGACAGCAACACUGAGAAUCGUACCAGUAACAGGCUCAAAAGUUGGGAACAGGAAUCACAUCCACACCCACAUCCGACAUCUGACAUCCACUUGCAUCGCCAUCAUCAUGGGCAACCAUUGCUGCAGCAAGCGCCAGGAUCAGGAGCUGGCUCUGGCCUAUCCCACGGGCGGGUACAAGAAGUCCGACUACACCUUCGGCCAGACGCACAUCAACAGCGGCAGUGGCGUUGGCGCCGGCGGCCUUGUCCAGAAGCACAACAACGGCGGCUCCCUGGACUCGCGCUACACCCCGGAUCCCAACCAUCGCGGGCCACUGAAAAUUGGCGGCAAGGCCGGCGUUGACAUCAUCAGGACCCGCACCACACCAACCGGCGUUCCUGGUGUCGUCCUCAAGCGCGUUGUGGUGGCGCUCUACGACUACAAGUCCCGCGAUGAAUCCGACCUGAGCUUCAUGAAGGGCGACCGCAUGGAGGUCAUCGACGACACCGAAUCCGAUUGGUGGCGCGUCGUCAAUUUGAGUACGCGCCAGGAGGGACUCAUCCCGCUGAACUUUGUGGCCGAGGAGCGCAGCGUCAACAGUGAAGACUGGUUCUUUGAGAACGUGCUGCGCAAGGAGGCGGACAAGCUGCUGCUGGCGGAGGAGAAUCCGCGUGGCACCUUCCUUGUCCGCCCCUCGGAACACAAUCCCAAUGGCUACUCGUUGUCGGUGAAGGACUGGGAGGAUGGACGCGGCUACCACGUGAAGCACUAUCGUAUCAAGCCGCUGGACAAUGGCGGCUACUACAUAGCCACCAAUCAGACGUUUCCCUCGCUCCAGGCUCUGGUCAUGGCGUACAGCAAAGAAAAUGCCCUCGGCCUGUGCCACAUACUGUCGCGUCCCUGCCCCAAGCCCCAGCCACAGAUGUGGGAUCUGGGACCAGAGCUGCGUGAUAAGUACGAGAUACCCCGAUCGGAGAUUCAGCUACUUCGGAAACUGGGACGCGGCAACUUUGGUGAGGUCUUCUACGGCAAGUGGCGCAACAGCAUCGAUGUGGCGGUCAAGACGCUGCGCGAGGGGACCAUGUCCACGGCUGCCUUCCUCCAAGAAGCGGCCAUCAUGAAGAAGUUUCGGCACAAUCGCCUGGUGGCACUCUACGCGGUCUGCUCACAGGAGGAGCCCAUCUACAUUGUGCAGGAGUACAUGUCCAAGGGCAGUCUUCUUGACUUUCUACGCGAGGGCGAUGGCCGCUACUUGCAUUUUGAGGAUCUCAUCUAUAUAGCCACCCAGGUGGCCAGCGGCAUGGAGUAUCUGGAGUCCAAGCUGCUCAUCCACCGCGACUUGGCGGCCCGCAAUGUUCUCAUUGGCGAGAAUAAUGUGGCGAAGAUUUGUGAUUUCGGACUGGCGCGUGUCAUAGCCGAUGACGAGUACUGUCCCAAGCAGGGCUCCCGCUUCCCAGUCAAGUGGACGGCGCCCGAAGCCAUCAUCUACGGCAAGUUCUCGAUCAAGUCGGAUGUCUGGUCGUACGGCAUACUGCUGAUGGAGCUGUUCACGUACGGACAGGUGCCCUAUCCGGGCAUGCAUAGUCGCGAGGUGAUCGAGAAUAUCGAGCGCGGCUUCCGCAUGCCAAAGCCUACCAAUCACUACUUCCCCGACAACAUCUACCAGCUGCUGCUGCAGUGCUGGGAUGCGGUGCCCGAGAAGCGGCCGACCUUUGAGUUCUUGAAUCAUUACUUUGAGUCGUUCUCGGUCACGUCCGAGGUGCCGUAUCGAGAGGUGCAAGACUAAGAGGAGUCCCAGCAAGUCCCAGGAGUCACACACACACACACUGACCCUUCACAUACACACGCAAACAUACAACACAUAUAUAGUACAUAAAGUUAUACAUAUAUUAUACAUUUAUAUGCAUAUUUACUAUAAUUCGUAAGACUUUUUAAAAUGGCAUCGUUGCAUACCAACCAGCAGCCGCAGCAGCAGCAGCCGCAGCAGCAGCCGCAGCAGCAGCAGCAGAUAUGCAUCUACAUGAACUCUACUCUAAAUGUAUGUGUUUAAGCGUAUUCAACAACAUUUGAAAAAACCAACAGCAAACAAAGAAAAAGAAAAACAAAAACAAAACAAAAAAAAG